AUGUCGUCAAAUGCCAGUCACAUGUUGCAGACUGCACUGGAGCAAAUGGAUGACAUCAUUGCAGGCAAACCCAAUCCAAAUGAUCUACUCUUAUUGCAUUUGGAGUCAGUGGAUUACCAGUCCAGCUGCAUCCAAGAGCUGAAUCCAGCAACGGCGGACCUUAGUCUUAAAGCAUUACAGCUGACUGAGGCUCUCCGGGCAGCGCUGGAGGGUCAGGAUUUUGACCAAGCCCCUCUUCAAAAUCAAGUUUCCACUAAAGCUGCAGAAGUGAUUCUAAAAUGGCUGGAGCGUGGAGAGGUGAACCUCCAAUCAGCUGGCAGUGCUGAGUCUUACCAGGAGCGCCUGUCCCGCCUAGAGGGAGACAAAGAGUCCCUCAUUCUGCAGGUGAGUGUACUGACGGACCAGGUGGAGGCGCAGGGGGUGAAGAUAAGUGACUUGGAGAACUCGUUGGAGGAACAUCAACUGAAACUCAACUCCACAGAGGAGAUGCUACAGCAGGAGCUGGUGCACAGGACGUCACUGGAGAAGCAGAAGCUGAGUCUUAUGGGGGAGGUGUCCUACCUGAAACUCAAGCUGGCAGACAUGGAGGGAAAACACAGGGACGCCAGCGACAGGCAGCACAAAGCAGAGAGUGUAGUGAAUUUUAUUAGUGAGCUGCAGGAGCAGAUGUGUAGGUUUCAGAAGGAAAUAAAUAACAAGAUCCAAGAGAAAAAAGCCCAGGAGUUUCCAGUCAGCAGCUCUCCUGAAGCCUUCCCUGAGGGUCAGAGUCCACACAUGGGAACAUCCCGGGACAGGACCCCUGGACAGAAGCGCAGACCGGAUGGGCAGAGGAGGCCCCAAGCCUCGGUGGGACAGGGUAGCCCCCUAAUGCAGCAGCAGUGCCACUGUGGAGGACAAAGUGGCUUACUGAAGGAGCUGAAGAUACUCAAAGACAAAGUAGAGCACUUGGAGGAGCAGAAGUUACAGUAUGAAAAGAAACUGAAAGCUACCAAGGCUGAGAUGAGCAGCCUUCAGCAGCUCCUGCUUAGUAAGAACGCAGAGAUCCAGAGCCUGCACACUCAGCUGCUGUCCCGGCCCGGGCUGGCCAACGAUUAUGCAGAGAAAGAGGAGUUGUACAGGAAGAAGCUGAGCAUCAAACAUGUGGAGCUGCAGAAGCUGAGAGGAGGGAUGAAAACACUCAUAGUUGCAAAUGAGGAGAAGGACCGGCGCAUUGAAGAACUCACUCUGCUGCUGAAUCAGUGCAAGUUCAGAGAGAUGCCUCACUCCACAAGACAAGCUCCUCCUGCAGUUUGUUCAUCUCUAAACGGGAGGGCGUCAUCAAUAAGCAGCGAAGAAGAGAGGACUGCUGAUUUAGCCAGUGUGCACUCCGAGGACCUAAAAUCAGAAGUUUCCACAAACAGUUCCUCCUCUCAGCAGACGUCACUUGGGUCAACACACAAAGAUGACGUGAGCAGAACAGAACCACUGCCCUCAUCAAAUGUGUCCACUAUUUCACAAAAGUCAGUUCAGAGCGACAGCCAGAACAAAACCGACGCCAACAGCGUGGAGAGCAGCAGCAGCGAACUCCACAAAUCUGCAGAUGGGAGCGUGGAUGAAGACUCAGUCCAAAAAAAGACAGACAAAACAGAAGAAAGCACCUCAGUGAAUUCUGGGACAAGCUCUCAGACCGGUCAUCGAACUGUUGGUUCACAAGAGUAUAUGAAAACGAAUAGAAGCUUCAAGAGAUUUUGGGGGAAACUGCGUAGGACUCAGUCUGGAGGGUUUCAGGCUGGAGAUUCUGAACUAAGUGUUUUCCAAAGAGGAGGGUUGAGAGCCACUGCAGGACCUAGACUGACCCGAACACCAGAGUCACAUGACUAUCCACGGGACAUGAGCACUCCGUUUGGGCAGUGGAGUCGGGAGCAGGUUUGCAGCUGGCUGGAAGACUCAGGACUGGGACACUACAUAAAUCUCACCAGACAGUGGAUUGAAAAUGGACAAACGCUGCUUUCUGCCACACCACAAGACAUGGAGAAGGAGAUGGGAAUGAAAAACCCACUUCAUAGAAAGAAACUGCAACUGGCGUUAAAUGCAUUCAGCACAAAAACAAUUGAGAAGUCGUCGGAGCUGGAUCACAUUUGGGUCACUCGGUGGCUGGAUGACAUUGGACUGCCUCAGUACAAAGACCAGUUCCAUGAGGCCAGAGUAGAUGGUCGGGUGUUGCAGUACCUCACAGUGAAUGACCUUUUAACCCUAAAGGUCACCAGUCAACUCCAUCAUCUCAGUAUUAAAUGUGCCAUUCACGUCCUUCAUGUCAACAAGUUCAACCCUUUCUGUUUAAGGCGGCGACCAGGAGAUGAGAAACAGCCCUCUCCUUCAGAGGUGGUGCAGUGGUCCAACCACCGUGUGAUGGAGUGGCUUAGAGCUGUAGAUCUGGCAGAAUAUGCCCCUAAUCUCCGAGGCAGCGGGGUCCAUGGAGGUCUCGUUAUCCUGGAGCCUCGGUUCACUGCAGAGACCCUGGCUCUGCUCCUAAACAUCCCUCCUCAGAAGACCCUCCUGCGCAGACACCUGGCCUCAGCCUUCUCCGCUCUAGUGGGACCUCAGGCCACACAAGAGAAGAGAGAGUAUGGAAACGCAACAGGACACAUGCCCCUCACCACAACAGCUAAAGUAAAGCCUAAAAAACUGGGCUUCACUCAGUUCAGUCACCUCCGGAAGAGGAAAUCAGACGAUUCAGCAGAAUACAUCUGUCCCAUAGACACAAGUGCUCACACAGUGAACGGACACUCUCGCCCCCCAGCAGACCGAGGGGUGAGCCCCAGCUCAGAGAGAAGAGGGCCCAGCGAGAUCAAACCCUCAGGAUGAUGAAAACCAGCCAUCAUCAUCAUCUUCACUCAUGCAACUGGACAAUCUCUGAAAACUGAGACACUUUGUUGUUGUGAUGUUCUGAAUGUUGUGGUUAGUGCUUUAGUGAAUUGUUGUAAAUAAAAAUGGUGUUACAUUUAGAGAUGUAGGCAAAUACUUUAGUGGUCCUCAUAUGUGCAAGUGUUCACUGUGUGUUUGUUUUUAGUUCUGCUCAGGUUUCCUCAUUGUAAAUUUAAUGAUGUAAAGAGACGCAACGAAGGAAUCUGUGGAAAUACACAAAACAUGAACACACAACACAAUGACAGAAUCUAAACUAACAGAUGGUUCUAAAUGUUGUAGCUGUUGCCCCAAAGUUGGUAAUUGCAUUCCUUAUGAUGUCAGAUUCCACAAAUCAUGUACUUAUUCUGUGCUUUUGCAUCAACUGAAGUAUAAGAUGUUUUUGUAGUUUGAAUGUAAAUUACUUAAUUAAAAUGUCACUAACACUGCACCUUUUCCAAACUGUAAAUCUCUUAAGACAUGAAUAAUGAUACCAGUGGCCUUUUUUUUUGGAAUAAACUUGUACAUUUUAUUGAUU